AUGCACUCUAUUCAGCUGUCGGCUCGCCAUCUCAAAUCGAUAGGAUCAGCCGGCGGCAAUCAUCAAUCGUCGUGCUCGAUAGUCGGCGGCAGCUCGCCAUCUCGAAUCUCAUACACAAAGAAGGACUCGGCGGAAAUCUGCUCAGUCGGCGGCAGCUCGCCAUCUCAAAUCCCAUACACGGACUCAGCGGAAAUCUGCUCAGGAACCAUGGACAUAGAUGAGGAAAUCUUCGCUUUAACCCCACCCGCUGCCCCCACUCCAGUUGCCAUAAGUGAAACUGUGGUUCCUCCUUCUAUCGACCUCAUCCCGAUUCUUCCAGCUCAACCCGUAAUCCCGCCUGUCAUCACAACCCCCCUCGUACCCCCUAUUGCCCCUAUUCCGGUCCUCCCAAUACCGAGACCAUUAGCUCCGUUACCUGUCUGCCCUCCCGUCCUCCGGCCACCCCCACCUCAGAAAGGUGGAGACUCUAAACCCGCAGAUUCCGAUUCCGAUUCCGGCUCAGGUGAGUCGGUCAUGGACCGUUCGUCCCAGAGAUACGAAGUGUCGGAGGAAAGCAAGCUGGUUAAAGAGAGGCAGGAGAAAGCUGUGCAAGAACUUCUCAUGAAGCGCCGGGCAGCUGCCUUAGCCGUCCCCACCAAUGACAAUGCCGUGCGGGCCCGGCUCAGGCGGCUUGGAGAGCCCAUUACCCUCUUUGGGGAGAGGGAGAUGGAAAGGCGGGACCGCCUGAGGUCACUCAUGGCAAGGCUCGAUGCCGAGGGGCAGCUGGAGAAGCUGAUGAAAGCUUAUGAGGACGAGGAGGGAGCAGCAUCGAGCGCGGCUGCUGCGGAGCCCGAGGAGGAUAUUCUGUAUCCGUUCUACACGGAGGGAUCGCAUGCCUUGCUGGAGGCUCGAAAGGAGAUUGCAAAGUAUUCACUUGUGAAGUCGGCUUUGAGGCUCCACCGGGCGAAAAGGAGAAAACAGGACCCGGAUGAGGAUUUGGAUGCUGAGGUGGAUUGGUCGUUGAAGCAGGCAGGGAAUCUGGUCUUGGAGUGCAGUGAGAUCGGGGAUGAUCGGCCGCUCUCAGGUUGUUCGGUUUCGCGUGAUGGAAAAAUGCUUGCCACCUGCUCUAUAAGUGGAGUUGCAAAAGUAUGGUCCAUGCCCGACGUAAAAAAUGUGUCCUCGCUAAAAGGACACACAGAACGAGCCACCGAUGUUGCAUUCUCCCCAAUCAACCACCAAUUGGCGACUGCCUCAGCCGACUGGACAUCAAGACUAUGGAAUCACGAUGGGUCAGCCCUCCGAACAUUCGAGGGCCACUUGGAUCGUGUUGCCCGUAUUGCCUUCCACCCGUCCGGAAUAUACCUAGGCACGGCUAGCUUUGACAAGACUUGGAGAUUAUGGGAUGUUGAGACUGGUGAGGAGUUGCUCUACCAGGAAGGCCAUAGUAGAAGUGUGUACGGAAUAUCUUUCCAUCACGAUGGCUCUCUAGCAGCUUCCUGUGGGCUCGAUUCUCUUGCUCGUGUGUGGGACCUUAGGUCCGGGAAGAGUAUUCUCACUUUCGAAGGGCAUGUGAAGUCGGCUCUAGGUGUUAGUUUCUCUCCCAAUGGCUAUCACUUGGCCACCGGUGGUGAAGAUAACACUUGCAGGAUAUGGGAUUUGAGGAAGAGGAAACCUUUGUAUAUAAUACCGGCUCAUUCUAACCUUAUUUCACAGGUCAAAUUUGAGCCUCGGGAGGGCUACUUUCUGGUUACGGCUUCGUAUGAUAUGACUGCUAAGAUCUGGUCUUCGAGAGAUUUUAAGCCUCUGGCUGGUAUUGUACCUUGUCCACGCCACAGACUCCCCAGGUUCGAUCCGCAGUCUCGUUUAUUAACAGGAACAAAUGAUGGAACACUAGUGAACUUCUUUUUAAGACAGUUUGGACAAAAAUCAGAGAAGUCGCUUUGUAUUCUCUUACUUCUUUUCCAGGCGAUAUGCUGUGGGUUUUGCUUCGUGCUGAGGUGGCUACUUACAGGCUGGUACAAGUGA